AUGGUUGACAAUGAAAAACACUUCAACGCUGCUAAAUUCUCUGGUAGAGGACCAAACCCAGUAACCAAUCAAAUUCUGAAGCCUGACUUAGUUGCUGCUGUAGUUGACAUUUGUGUACUCCAUUUUACAAAUAGAGGUACAUAUACACUUAAAGCAGGCACGUCUUAUGCAUGUCCAUUUGUUGCUGCAAAAGCAGCCCUUAUCAAACUUGAAUUUGAGAAGAAAUCAUUGAAACCUUCACCAGCAUGGAUGCAUUCUGCUCUCAUUACCACCGCUUCUCAUUUUGAAGAGAUGGUAGAUGAUUCAUUUGCCAUAGGAGCAGGAAUUGUGAAUUCAGUUGAGGCUUUAGAUCCUGGUUUAAUCUACGACCUAAAAGAAGAAGACCAUGCCAAGUUUUUGUAUGGACAAGGGUAUGAUAAAGAACUUACAGAGAUAUUCAAGUGCAUGAUAGACAUAAAAACCAAGAUAGAAGCCUGGGAGUUGAAUUACCCUUCGUUGACCAUUGCAGUCCCAAGGGGUAAUACCAUAUAUUUCAAAGAGAUUUAUCGUUGUGUCACACAUGUUGGCUCUACAUCUUGCAGUUAUGAAGCAAAAGUCAUAAGCCGCAUAACAACAAAAGGUAUCAUAAUUACAGUAGAACUAGAAAUCCUACACUUCCCAGUCAUGAAUACAGUGGUUUUGAGGGUUGAUCCGGAACAUUGGAUUCCUGAAGUUGUUACUGCAAGGUUAGAAUGGAGAGGUAAAGAAGGUGACAAGCAGCGCAUUGAAAAGAGCCCAAUCGUUAUUGUUAUGAAAGAUUAA